AUGGCUGUUCAAUCUCGCAUUGCCGCCGUAACAGGUGCCAACAAGGGCGUUGGUCUCGCCAUUGUCCGACAACUCGCCCUCCAAUACCCUACCUCGCCAUUGAAUUCGGGCCCCUUCCUAAUCUACCUCACCGCCCGCUCCCCCGAACGCGGCCAAGAAGCCCUCAACACCCUCACCUCCGACCCCCAAUUCAAAGACGCCGGCGUCCUCUCCCAACAUGGCGGCGACACAACCAUCAAGUACCACGCCGUGGACAUAGACCAAACAAAAUCCGUCCAGGACUUUCGAGAUUUCCUGCAGAAAGAGCAUUCCGACGGCAUCGAUAUCCUGAUCAACAAUGCCGGAAUCGCAAUGGAAGGCUUCGACGCUGGGGUGGUCAAGAAGACAUUACAGACGAACUAUUUCGGUACAUUGGAGAUAUGCCAGAGUCUGCUGCCGUUGAUAAGGGAAGGGGGCAGGUUGGUGAAUGUCAGCAGUAUGAGUGGGAAACUCAACAAGUAUUCAGAUGAGAUUCGCGAGGCGUUCUUGGCUGCGGCGAAGAAGGAUGUGCCCGCCGUUACGGCGAUCAUGCAGCAGUUCCAGAAGGCCGUCGAGGCAGGGCAGGAGAAAGAGGAGGGGUUCCCGAGUAUUGCAUAUGGUGUUAGUAAAGCUGGUGAGACGGCUUAUACCAAAGCAUUGGCAUUGGAGGGGAGCUGGAGGAAGAAGAAUAUUUUGAUCAAUGCGUGUUGUCCGGGAUAUGUCAAUACGGAUAUGACGAAGGGAAGGGGAAGGAAGACGCCGGAUCAAGGAGCGCAGACGCCGGUUAUGUUGGCGUUGCAGGACAUUGGAGGCAAGACCGGAGAGUUUUGGCAGCAUGAGGAGGUCAUUGAGUGGUGA